UUCUUCUUUCUUCUUUGGAGGGAAGAUCUUGCUCUCUUAUGUCUUAAGAAAGAAUAUUCCAACUGGUGAUUUUUGGUGGGGUCUAUUUUGCAAGAUGGGACUAUGGGAAGAGUUGGAGGCCUUCCAUGGAAGGUGCAGGCGGCUUCCAUGGAAGGUGCAGGCGGCACUAGGAAAGAAGCGAAUUCUGCUCCCUUCCAGCAUGAGGGAGGACUUUGAAAGUAUUCCCAUUGAAGAACGUUACGGAAUUAUUGCCGUUUACGCGGAGAAUUUCCGGGAAGUUUUUAAGAUAAUUUUUGGUGAUGCGAUAACCGAAAAUAAAUAAAUUUGUAAAAAUAAUUUUUGAUAUGUAAUUAACUAUCAGGGCUAAAUUUUCUAGAUUUUUAACCAAGGAACUCG